AUGGAGUGGGUAUUUUGGUGGACAGGGAUCUUAGAGAGUCUGGUAGAGGUCAGGUGGGUGAGUGAUAGAUUAAUGACUAUUAAGCUAGUGGUUAUGGAGUGCACUCUAAAGGUCAUUAGCGCUUACGCGCCGCAGGGGGGCUUAGAUGAGGAGGUUAAGAGGCGCUUCUGUGAAGAGUUGGAUGAGAUUGUGCGUAGUAUUCCGCCUGUUGAGAGGUUAUUUAUAGGAGGGGAUUUCAAUGGUCAUAUUGGGUCGACUGUUGAUGGCUAUGGAGAGGUGCAUGGCAGCUUCAGGUUCGGUGUUAGGAACAGAGGAGGUACUUCGCUGUUGGAUUUUGCUGAGGCAUUUGAGCUAGUAAUUGCGAACUCGAGUUUUCCGAAGAGGGAUGAGCAUUUGGUUACUUUCCAAAAGGAAGAAGAGGCUGCUCGAGGACAACGGAGGAUCACAUGGGAAGCCUUGAUUAAGGAUAAAGCUCAGGAGUUAGAGGGGAGAUUAUCGACUUUGGGAGCCUGGAGGAGUAGUGGGGAUGAGGAGAGGAGAGAUAACAGAGAGAGGUAUAAGGUAGCUAGGAGGGAGGCGAAGUUGGCAGUCACAAAGGCUAAGACUUCUGCGUUUGGUCGUCUGUACGAGGAAUUGGGGGACAAAGGCGGGGAUAAGAAUUUAUUCAGGCUGGUUAAGGAAAGAGAGAGAAAGGAUCGGGAUCUAGACCAAGUGAGGUACAUCAGAGAUGAGGACGAUAGAGUAUUGAUGGGAGAGGCACAAAUUAAGCAGAGAUGGCAGACUUACUUUCAUAAACUUCUGAAUGAAGAUGUGGACAUGGAUAUUGUGCUAGGUGAAUUGGGGAAUUCUGAGAGUCACCAAGACAUUAGGUGCUGUAGAUGA